AUGACAUCAGCUAGAAAACCGAAAGCCAAACUUACAGAAGAGGCAUUAGUUGAAUAUAAAGCACAAUUUGACUUAUUAGAUCAAGAUAAUACAGGGAAAAUACCCGUUCCAGAAGUAACUUUGUUGAUGCGAAGAGUAGGUUUGAUGCCUUCAAACAUAGAGGUUGAGGAAUUAAUACGCGAAGUUGACAAAGAGAAGACAGCGCUUAAUGAGGGUAUCACUUUUGACCAGUUCUGUGAAAUAGCAUCAAGAAAAUAUAACGACGUAUACACAGAAUCAGACAUAAUUGAAGCUUUUCGUACAUUUGACGUAGAAAAUAAUGGUUUUCUGCCAGCUUCUGAACUUCGGCGUGCACUCUGUACAAUGGGUGAAAAUUUGACUGACGAAGAAAUGGAAGCAAUGCUGGACAUAGCUAGAGUUGAUAAUGAUGGAAAUGUUCGUUAUGAGGAAUUUGUCCGUUUCAUUGUAUCCGACUUUUAA